AUGGAUUCUAUUGUUAGCGUUGUUGAAGAUGAUAUCAAGUAUGCGCAGCGAGUAACUAGCUUUUGCUCACCACAAAAUGCCAAUGUCAAGGUCUUCACUAUUCCUCGACAUUCUUUUACGGCUUUUAGAUUAUCUUAUGUCUCUCCCACAGAGCUUUCCGAAUGCUCUCAAGUGACUUUAUUGGGGGGAAUCCCAAAACAAUGGUAUGCUGAACAAAAUAGUCAGGUUUGGAAACUUCUCAGUAAAAUUACACUUCGGAAGGUUAGAAAGCAAUCGGAUAUGCUAAAAAGAUAUGGCUAUGGAACAAUUUAUAAAAAGCGUGUGGAGAAAAUACCUACUGCGUCGUAUUUGAGAAAGCACUUUACGUGGUCUUAUGGAGGUAACACAACCACCCGCAACAGCCAUUACCUCAAGGACCACAAAUUUGAGAUGGAAAGAGCUAAUUCAAGCCCCGUACGGGGUAGCGAACCUAGAAUGGCUCCAUCUAAAAGGUGCCAAAGCUCUUCUGAUCAAACGCUCCAGCAGAAAGAGUCUUUGAAAGAAAGAAAUACGGAACUUCCUAACAAUGAGAGUAUGAAGACUUUACCCUUGAAAGAAACGGCACAACCGGCAGCAAUAAAGCCAGUUGAACGGAGAAGGGAUCACAAAAAGACAAAUAAAGGUAGUGAACUAGUUCUUUCGGAUCAGAACCGAGAAAAUGAACAGCAAAUAGAAAGCUCGCCCGAAGAAAGUAACUCACAGUUUAAUCGAAUAGUGACUCACUCUUCGGCAACGAAGGCUAAGGAUGUAGAAUCAAACAUUAACAGACAACCCUCUGAGACGACUUUAAGGCAUUCCCCUCACAGUGUCGUUGCGGCUGCAGAUACGCCAAGUCCCGAUUACAACAGUUUUUUAAGUGGGUCAGAACAGUUUAGCCAUUCAAACAAUUUGGUCGAUGGCCUUUCUGCAUCUAAUACUAUCGAUAGCCUGCCAUUAAACAUGAAUGAGAAAAUUAUUCUUGAAGCACUGCAGAGUAUGGACAAAGAAAAUCUUAUGAUAUGGAAAAACUCUCGAAAUGCAGUCAAUUAUCCCAAUAAUGAACAAAAAGUUUCGGAUGAAAGAAAGAAGAUUACCGAUGCUUUUCACAAUAGAAGGAGAAACUUAGACGAGGAUAUCGGUAAUUUUGUUUCGAACGGUCUUCCUUUCUUUAAUGUCUUGCCCCCAUGGCCAACGGAAUUGACGGUCGAAGAAAAGAAUAUGCACGAUAGAUUAGUAUCUAAGCAUUCUCAUCACAUAAGAAAACAUGUCCAUAACGCGAGAAACAAAACUUGCUGCAAACUUAAAGAUAGUGUUGGUACUUUUUUGGGCGUGACGAGUUCACUAACAAACAAAGCGACAGGUAGGAAACACACAGGUCAGAUUCUCAAGAAAGAAAAAAUGCUGGUGAUGGUGAAAGAAGCUAUACAAAAUAAGGUGCCACUUCCGAACUUCUCUGAAAACGAAUGUUUUGAUACAAGGGUAAGUGAACGGUGGAAGGAAUACAUUGUCAUUGCAAGAUCUACCGGGAGGUUUGAUCCUCCCAUUCUUUUACAGUUUUACCGUCAUCGCCAUAUUCCAGAAAUCGAGGAUAUCAGCAGCGUAGCUAAAAAGUAUCAUCGUAAUUCGUUGGAUUUUUUUCUUUCAAGAAAUUGCAUUGUAAGAUUCUAUAGCUCUCUGGACAAAACUAUAUCCAUUCAAAAGCCUGAUAAGCGGCUAGAUGGAUUCGUAGACGAAAGCAUUGAAAAUAAAAACGGAUUGAAACAUUACUCUCCUGUUAAAAUAUUUAUUUUGAGAUGUAAUAGCAUACGUUCAUCAGGUAGAUGGUAUAAAUUUCUUCUUGAGACUUUGGGCCGACAGUUAUUUACACCAACCAUCAACUUGAAAAUUCCACAAACUGAAAUCUCAAUAAAAAUCAACCUAAAUGAAAUCAUAUUUGAAAAGUUACGAGAUUUAGGAAAACAGGAACGAGAAAGACUAAAAAUAUGCUUUCUUGAAAAAGGCUAUAAAGUCUUCCAACACCCCAUUUUGCGAUUUUUCACUAUUGCUAUCUUAGAGAAAUUGAAAUUAGCACAUUACGAUUACCUGAUUAGCAAGUGGGAUUUAGAGAAUCCUGUAUUAGGGUGCGCUUUGAAGAGAUAUGAUAGAUUGGAGUGGAUUCCAUGUGACGAAGAUUCCCUAAUAACUGGGAUUUUCGCUUUUUGCCAAUCGCAUCUAAUUCAAUACAGGCCAAUUGUAAAUUGUUCAAGGGUAACAAAAUCCGUAAAUGGAGAAUUUCUAAAAGAAACACCACCAAUUGAAGGCUUUUUGAUAAGGUUGACCGACAAGUAUGGGUCUGUUAGGACGCAUUUUGGUAAAUAUAAUAUCUCAACCUCUUAUUUCUUCACGUGUGACAACUUGCUGUUCUCAAUGAAAGCGUAUAGAGCGAAUCCUCCGCUACCUAUAGAUGCAAUUACUGAUGAUAACAGUACCGAAGAGGAAAAAGAAGAUAUUUGGAAAAAAUGGAAGACAAUUCCAGAGGUUUAUCAGCAACAGCCCUAUCCCUUGAACUCGGAUGAUCACAUUGAAUGGAUGAACUGCCAAACAACUCAAGAUGAGUAUGAUUCUAGGGAUUUUUAUGCUUUUCAUUGUUUUCAUAGAAGGAUCGACCAAAUACUCAAAACAGACAGUGUAAUUGAUCUAACAGAAGUGAAAAAUAUAUACCAAGGAACAAGUACUGAUUGUGAGGUUGACAAAAUAAAGUAUGGUGUUUACAAAGAAGCUUGUGAAAUGUUUUGGCACAGAAGCUACGAAGUUGAUAAUGUUUCGCAGUCCGUUAUAAAUAUAGAAACCUCCAACGGCCUCUUAUUAAAGCUUCUUGCGUCAUCAGCGACAGUUGCGGAGCAAUGGGUCACAAAACUGAAAAAAAUAAUGCAAUAUUGGAAGAGCAAGCAAAAAGAAGAUACAGACAGGCUGUUGAAAACAAGACGUUCCAACGCUGGCUUAUUGAUGCUAAGUGGCGAAGAGGAAACGAAAAUUGGUGAAAAUACAUUACGCUGGAUUAUAGAACAUGGGCGCGCAGAUGAACACACUUUCAAUGCGAACGGAAUAUCGCUAAGUAGGCCGUUAAUUCAAAAGGGAUCUUUGUAUCAAAAACCACACAAACAUUCUGUUUUCUCAAGGUACUACGUAGUUUUGAUAUCCGGUUUCAUUGUUUUGUUUCACUGUUUCCAUAGAUCGACUACAGGCUUUGCUAAGGAAGUUUUAGAAUAUGCACAUUAUAUGACAAUUCCGAUUGACGAUUGUUAUUUAUACUCUGGAACUACAACUGAAUUAGACCUUUUACAGAGAGAUCGUACUUUUGAUGAAAUAAAUUAUGGAUCUCAUGCUCUUCCUCGAGUUUAUGGGGACGGAUGGCGGUCUGUAGAAGACGAAAGUUCACGGUGCUUUACUCUUUGGUUUGGAACAAGACGUGCACUUUCUAGCAACCGCUCGCGAAAGAAAGGGGAGGAAACGCUAUAUACACAUGCUUAUGAUGGACAAAGUAACUUUGUUGACCGAUCCCCUCCUGUGGAAGCUGACCUAGAUAACUCCAAUGAGCCAAAUAACAAAGAUAGGAUUCAUUUCACCAAAAAGUUAGGUGUAAGCGGCAAGUCAAUGGUUUUCAUGGCGAGGUCAAGGCAAGAAAGAGAUCUUUGGGUAAUGUCCAUUUACUACGAACUUGAAAGACUAAGAAAAACAGCAACCUUUUCAAUUGAGCGAAAUCAGGUAACGUGA